AUGGGAGAUGCAUGUUCGCCUGCUCAGGAUUCACUCAGCUGUCCAAUCUGCCUGGACCUACUGAGGGAUCCGGUGACGAUUACCUGCGGACACAGUUACUGCAUGAGCUGUAUUAAAGGCUACUGGGGACCAGAUUAUGACACAAAGGUCUACUGCUGCCCUCAGUGCAGAGGAACCUUCACCCAAAGACCUGUUCUCAAUAAGAAUACCACACUGGCUGAACUGACUGAGAGACUGAGGAAGACAGGAUUCCAGACUGCUCCUCCUGCUGUCUGUUAUGUUGGACCUGGAGAUGUGGAGUGUGACAUCUGCACUGGGAGAAAACUCAAAGCUGUCAAAUCCUGUCUGGUGUGUCUGGCCUCUUACUGUGAAACUCACCUCCAAACUCACUAUCAAUCUCCUGCCUUAAAGAAGCACAAGCUGGUCAAAGCCUCAGCACAACUACAGGACAGGAUCUGCUCUCAACAUGACAAACUAAUGGAGAUUUACUGUCGCACUGACCAAAGCAUGAUCUGCUAUUUGUGUACAAUGUAUGAACACAAAGGUCAUGAUACAGCCUCGGUAACAGCUGAAAGGGUUGAGAAACAGAAACAGCUAGCAGAGACCCAGAGGAAAUCCCAAAAGAGAAUUCAGGAGAGAGAGAAGGAGCUACAGGAGCUGGAACAGACUGUGAAAUCUCUCAGGAUGUCUGCCCAGGCAGCAGUGGAGGACAUUGAAGACAUCUUUGCUGAGAUGGUCCGCUCCAUUGAGAAAAGGUGCUUUGAGGUGACAGAACAGAUCAGAGCUAAGGAAAACGCCAAAGUCAGUUGGGUUGAAGAUCACGUUAAGAAACUGGAGCAGGAGAUUGCUGAGCUGAGGAAGAGAAAUGCUGAGCUGGAGCAGCUUUCACACACAGAGGAUGACAUGGAUUUCCUCCAGAGUUUCCAGUCCCUCUCUCUUCAUUCGGGAUGUAAAGAGUUAUCCAGCAUGAGAAUUAAGCCAGUCUUCUCUUUUGAGAACGUGAAGAGAUCUGUUUCUGAAAUGAAAAGGAGUAUCGAGAAAUUCCUCUACGAAAAGGUGCUCAAUGCACCAGAAAAAGAUACCACGAACCAGAUUUUCUUGUGUCCUGAACCCAAGACCAGAGAGGAGUUCUUACACUAUUCCUGUCAGCUCACACUGGAUCUCAACACAGCCCAAAGAAAACUCUUUCUGUCUGAGGGGAACAGAAAGGUGACAAGGACCCAUACGGCACAGCCGUAUCCCAAACACCCUGAGAGAUUUCACAGGGCAGGCCAGAUUCUCUGUAGAGAGAGUUUGUCUGGACGCUGUUACUGGGAGGUUGAGUGGGAUGGGUGGGUUUAUAUAGCAGUCUCAUAUAAAGGGAUUGACAGGAAAGGGAGAGGUAAUGAGAGUGUAUUUGGACACAACGAUCAGUCCUGGAGUUUGGAAUGUGCUCCUUCCAGAUACACUUUCAAGCACGAUAUUUAUGAGACUAAAAUUCCAGUAGUUCCUAACUGCUCCAGAAUAGGAGUCUAUCUAGAUCACACGGCGGGAACUCUAGCUUUCUACAGCAUCUCUGACGCAAUGACCCUCCUCCACAGUGUCAAGACUACAUUCACUCAGCCCCUCUAUGCUGGAUUUCGAGCUGAUAUACAUUCCUCUGUGCAGAUCUGA